UUUUUACAACACAAAUGGCGAAAUGAUCGCAAAUAAAUUGCCAUGCAUGAGCCAUCCUUUCGCUUCCAGGUGAAUAGGCAGCCGGCGCUCGCGCCACCAGUCCGACGAACGACACCUCCGGUGGCGGCCGCUGGCCCGAGAUGUCCAUCCGUAUUCGCGAGUACAAGUUCUUUCGGAGUCUUAGUGUUAAAGUGAAUGACAAUUGGCCGGUGCGCAAGGCGGAACAGAUAUGGAAACAGUUACGCGCUCACAAGAUUGCAGAGAUCGAAGCGUUGGAGGCAUGCAAAUGGCUGCGCGCUGCAGGAUUCCCGCAGUAUGCCCAGCUUUACGAAGAUCAGCAGUUUCCGGUCGAUAUCUCGGCCGUGGAGCAAGACCACCCGAUGUUGGAGGCGUCCGUGAUGAAGUCGCUUUUCCGGAGGUUGCAGGCGCUUAAUAGAUGCGCUAAUGUACACCAGCAAAAGCAGACGGAGGCUGAUGAAGAGGAGGAAACAUGCGCGCUUAGCGAAAAUUGGACCUAUCAGUCUGAUGUUCGAAGAUGGUCCAGGGUGGAUCAAUUAGAAAUGCCGACCAAUAUUGACGAAUGGCACAAGAAUGUCCUUAAAAAACAACAAUCUAAGCAUCUUUCAAUCCGUGAUAAGUUGGGGAUUUUUGGGUCAAGUAGACAUCGCCGGGGACGCGAUGGGGCCAGUGAGGGUUCACCUGUGCUUGAUUUCCUCUCACGGCAGAUCAGUGGAAUGAGCACAAAUGACGCGGCAACCAGCGGAGAUAAAGUGGCACCUUUGGAAGCGGAUUGUGCGGAUUACAAUAGCCGUUAUAGAAACCGGAAGACACGAUCCUUUGAUCGCACUGACCGAUGGACCAGUUCUCCUAGUCACAAUGCUAAUCAGGAUAGAAUUACCUGGCGGGCUUUAUCCACCUCCGAAGAAUGGGACGACGAAAAAUUUGACCUGGAAGAAGGGGGACGACCAAUUUUCACCUUAGCUUGUACGCAACUUCAUGUUUUGCGGAAAUUAGCAUUGUUGAAAUUGACCGCCCAUAUGGAAAAAUACUGUCCCACACAUCGCACUGGUUGGAAUUGGGACCUGCCGAAAUUGAUGCGCAAAAUCAAAUCACACGCAUAUCGUGAAAAGAGUGUAUUCGGUGUACCUUUAACUGUUAUCCUUCAAAAAACAGGUUCUGCACUCCCCAAAGGCAUUGAGGAGGCUUUGAUUUGGUUGCAACAGAGUGCGUAUGAUCAAGUUGGAUUGUUUCGAAAGUCUGGGGUAAAGUCACGCAUUGCUAAUUUGAAGCAGUUGAUUGAAACGCAAGCUGGGGAUUGCCUCAACUUUAGCGAAUAUCAAGCACAUGACAUUGCAGAUGUAAUCAAGCAAUAUUUCCGUGAACUACCGGAAGCAUUGCUGACCAAUAAACUCUCAGAAACAUUCAUGUUAAUAUUUCAAUUUGUACCAGAAGAAGAACGGCGGCAGGCUGUACUAUGUGCACUUUUACUAAUGCCUGACGAACAUUGUGAGAUUCUUUUGGUCCUUUUGAGAUGUCUCACGAGCAUUGCCGAAAAUUCCGUGGUGAAUCAAAUGAACGAAAGUAAUCUGGCGGUUUGUUUUGCACCAUCUUUGUUUUAUUAUUCUAAUGCAAACACGGCAGCACGUCUACCAGCUUCAUCAGCAUCUAACACAACCAACACAAAUGCGCAUGAGAAAGAACUAGCCGAGCACAAGGCAGCUCAUGAUUGUUUACUUUAUUUCCUUCAAAACUGCAAUAAUCUUUUCAAAAUUCCUCGUGAAUUUCUUCAACAGUGUGCCUCCAGCGAAAUGAAAGAAACAAGUGUAAUGAAACUUUCAGAAUUAGGUCUAGACAAUGGCGGAUGGAAAGGAUACAUGCAGGACUGCCAAAACGUGAUGAUGCGAGAAUCACGAGAAAAGGACUGGAUCUAUAUCCAGACGUACAAUCCAAAGAUUGAGAUUUCGUAUAAGAAAAUCAGUGAUGGGUACCCGCUGCGCAUGUGGAGAUUAUGUUGCGAGAUUGACGCUCCUCCUGGAGAAGUCCUGUACCGUAUUUUGAAGGAAAGGCCCAAAUGGGAUAAAGAGUUGCAUUCAACGCGGACCCUGUCGCAGAUAGAUAAGAAUGUCGAGUUGUUUCAGUAUGCGCGAAGGAAUGUAGGUCCUUUGCCGAUGGAGGAGUAUUGCGUUGUGCGCGCAUGGCGUACUGAUCUUCCGGGUGGAACCUGUCUCAUUAUAGAAACAUCUGUGGAAGAUCCAGAGGCGGUAAACAUUCCAAAUAGUGUGCGAGGCAUUGUCCUUGCCUCGAGGUAUCUUAUUGAAGUCUACGGAGGCAAUAAAUCUAGACUCACGCACUUUUCAAGAAUUGAUACAAGAGGUAGAAUGCCGGAGUGGUAUCAUAAUAAUUACGCCCAUAUAUGUGCAAUCAAUAUCACCAACCUGCAAAAGUCCUUUAAAUCAAACGGUGCAAGUACCGCCGGGCAGAACUAAUGCGAUAUAUACUCCCUUUCGUCCUUUUUACAUGGCCUUUUUGGCAGUCAUAUUCAUGCUGUUUAUGCUGUAAUGAUGUGUAGCCAGCCACGCUGAAUAAACACACAAAUUGAAUGUACCAAAUCGUUAGUUUUAGAUUAUCUUAUUGUAGGCAAAUGUAUGAACAUUAAUAAAUAUUAUUGAUAAUGAAA